ACCCUUGGCUUCCUGCCAAGGAAAAACAUAUUGAAGGAAAGCAAACAACUAUUGCCGUUUUAAAGUGCCGCAAAUACCUCAUUAAGAAGCAACGAAUAUUGAAUAUGCUUUACUCAUCUUGUUUCUCAUUUUGAAAUCCUUCUGACCAAUCAUGAAAGUCCCCAUAUCUAUCCAAUUACUUGUUCUUCAUCAACUCUACACUAAACAUCUCUCAUUCACCCAAAAAGAGAAGGAAAAACGAAAACAUUGAAGGAGAAGAAGAAAGGAAAAUCAGCUAUGGAACUGGAAUUGGGACUCAAGAUCGCCAAAACGAGGGAUGAGCUCACUUCCAUGGCUGAAUUUCAGUUUGCUAAAGAUCGUACCGGUCCUGUUUUCUUGUCUAGUGAAGAUGACAACAUGUUCAUCCUCACUGUCCACCUCAAAGGUUUUAGGAGAGACAACAUAAAUAUCAAGAUAAACGAAGAUGGGACACGAAUUACAGUUCAUGGAGAGAAACGGGUCCAGCAGACAGUGAUGAUAGGUUGGAUACUACACAAGAAAGGGGUGGAGCUCAGGGUGUUUAAAAAGGUUUUCAAAAUUCCUGAUGUGGUGGUUUUGGAUAGAAUCAAGGCUAAGUUCAACGAAGAAGAAUCAAUCUUGACAAUCAUCAUGCCAAAAAGGGAAAAAGGAAUCCGUGGGGACGGGAUUGAGGAAGUGAAGGAAGAUGAAGUUGGGAGAAAGACAGGAAAAUCAGAAAGGGAUCAAAUUGUAGAUAAUGAGGUUUCUGAAAGAGACAAGGAUGGAGUAAUGGAGGAAUCUAAAGAGGCUGAGAUUAAGAGAAUGGAUGAAACCGACCCAGUUGUGGUGAAAGAGACAUCAGAAAUGACUAAGAUUGUUGAAGAGGUUCCCAGAAAAGACACUGGUGGAGAGAGAGUUUAUGAGAAAAGUAAAGAGACCGAGAUUCUUCGUCAACCUGAAGAAGAUGAGGCUGGUAAAAGGGGGCUUGAACUUGAAGCAACAAAAACGGUAGUCAAGGAGUUUCCUGAGAAAGAAUACAUUGGAGAGAAAGUACUGGAGAAAUUUGAACAGCCCAAGAUGAAAAAGGUAGAACAAACUGAUGGGGUUGUCAAAGAAAAGGUUGGGAGAGGGAAACCAGAAACAGUGACUAAAGGAGAGAAAGAAGCUCGAGAGCCUAAGAGUAAAAUUGCAAAAGAAAAUCAACCGAUUGUUGAAACAUUAGAAAAGAUGAAGGAGAUUACGCAUGAAAGAGAAUUGGGAGAAGUUGCUCCCAAAAAUCUAGAAACAAUGCUAAAUUCUAAACAUCCAGAAGUGGCAACCAUGAAACCUACGAUCGAAACUUGGAGUAAAGAGCUUCCUACAUGGACAGAGCAGACAAAGAAACAGGAGAUUCAAGAGGUAGAGAAAGUAGAAGCCAAUGCAAUGGAAGAAGAAAAGAGUACAAAGGAUGAACCUGGUUUAGCAGAACAUGAAAUUAUUCAAGUACCACACGAUCUGAUGUCACAUAUAGAUGUACAAGAGUUAACAAAAUCCAAAGCUGAUCAAGAAGAAUCAGAACAGGCAGAAACUCUGCAACGACAACAACCUGUUGAGCAGCUUGGCAAAGAUGAAGUUACAAAACUAGAGAAAACUAACAGUUUGGGUAACGAAAUUCAAGAAGCGAGUAAGGAAGGAAGCCUUCAAGAGAAAGAAGGUGAAUCAGAACAAGAGAAAGAUCUUGGCAAGGGAGCAACUCCGGCUAGUGAAUCAGAAGAAGAAAAAGAUCUUGGUGAAGGAGCAACUCCGGAGAAGAAGCCCGUUUCAAGAAGGUGUGCCAAAGUCCAGAGGUAGCAUGACAAAUCUUAAAAGCACAUUAGUUGGACCCCAUAAAUAGUGGGUAUUAUUUCUGUUAAAGUAUCUACUGCAACUACAUCAUAUCCCUCAAGCUCCAGCUCUACAAAUUGUGCACACAAUGAGUGUCCAAGAAGUACCAUUACCAAUAUGGCAAGAGUACCUCUUCAAGAUCAUGACAGCAAGCCUCCAGACAGCAAGCCUUGCAAAUAUGGAAGCUCACACUUAAGGCAAGUCUUUGCAAGAAUCAUGGAUCCUACAAAAUCUGCUAUAUAACUCUGUAAUCCCAUUGAUUCAGCAAAUCAAUCUUAUUUAUGUUAAUUGUAUUAUUUGCUUCCUUGUAUAGAAAAUAAUGUGCAUCUCUCAAGAGUGUAUCUUUUGAUUCUUUUAUUGACUUGUACAAACUAU